CGAUAAUUAGUUAGUCAACAGAUAUCGAUAAAGCAUAAUGAUGAGCUGCAAUUAGUCUAAAAAAUCAAACCAGGGAACAGCACAGUUCCCGCCUCGCAUUGGUUUGGCACGCGUGGCUGUAUCUUACCACGCGACGUUGUGCUCGACGUUCACUUUUGACCCAAAAAUUGUAACAUGCAAUUGAGGCAAACAGCAGCACGAAACACACAUAUACACAUAUGCUCAUAACAACAGCAACACACAUGUUUAAUUGUUUGCUAAUAAUGAGCGGCCUGCCACUUGGGGGGAGUUGGAGACUCAAAGACUCGGAGAGUGCGGAACCGGUUACCGCACAAGUCUUUGGGUUACGCAAUUUGCAGCAUUUGAUAUGUUUACUUAUGUUGCUGCAGAAAUUUGGACACCUGUUUAAUCCACCACAACCAGAGCAUCAUGAGCGGCACGAAGAUAAACAGGAUCUGAAUAAAAUACCAGGAGUGGCAGGCGUUGAUUAUCCGAUUUACCAUGAAGUGCCGCACACGCAAUUCAGCUGCCACAAUGUGCCUGCCGUUCCGGGCAUGUAUGCAAAUGUGGAGACCGGAUGCCAGGCUUAUCACGUAUGUCACGACGGUCGGGAGGGACACCAGGGCGCCUCGUUCCUCUGCACAAACGGCACUAUAUUCAAUCAGAAAGAAUUUGCCUGCGACUGGUGGUACAAUGUGAAAUGCGAGGAGGCCAUCAGCCUUUAUCACUUAAAUGCGGAUCCGGAGCAUAAUCCCUAUGUGCCCAAAAAGAAGCCUGAGUUGGAACAAGAGGCACAUGUGCCACAUGAUGCUCAUGGAUUUUUGAUACACGCCUAAAUACUAAAACGUAUUAUAUAACUAAUU